UGUGUAAUUCUGUGAAUUCAUCAUCAUUCCGCCCUUUGGUGUCUAUUAAUAAAUUUUUACUUUUGCUUUUUGUGAUGCUUAAGCCUCCAAUAUACUUCAAUCGUAAUAAUCUAGCUUGUAAUCGUUCACAUAUAAUCCUUAGUUAACCUCCUUUCAUCUCAAUGUCAGGAAUGGCGUCUGCUUCAUCCUCAGACGUCGAUUCUACUCGCUCUUCCUCUCGUCUCCCUACCAGUGCUCCCUCGUCACCACCCCCCGCCGAGGAUCUAGAAACUCCCAAAAUGGGACUCACUUCAACCUUUACUGAGCAGCAAAUGCUCACCGAGGAAAAGAAAGCCAAGGCUGAAAAUACUAGAGCCGAAGCAAAGCGUCUUGCUGCUCGAAGGAAACGCAAGGUCCAGUUAUCUCCGCAGGAGAAAGCUCGCAAAGCCAAGGAACUCGACGAACUCCUCCGUAAAAGCAAAGUAUUCAGUGAUAUCUUAACGCAAAAGACGAAAGCCCUUGGUCGUGUUGGUCGCGACUUCGAUAACCAAGCAUUGACCGAUGCCGGUUUAGAAUUGAAACAGCAACCGAAAAUCAUGAGUGGCGGUACUAUGCGCGAUUACCAGCUUGAAGGUCUUACGUGGAUGUACGAGAUAUGUUUACAGGGUCUGAGUGGUAUAUUAGCCGAUGAGAUGGGUUUAGGAAAAACAAUCCAAGUCAUCUCACUCGUCGCAUUACUACGAGAACAAGAAAACUACUUCGGUCCGCACCUAAUAAUUGCUCCAUUAAGUACCCUAUCAAACUGGCAGGACGAGUUUCGAAAAUGGACUCCGACGAUACCAUUCGUUUUAUAUCACGGUACUCCCCAAGAACGACAACAGAUUUUCCGUGAUAAGAUCAUGAGAAACUAUCAGAAAGGCCGUCCAACCCAGCGAUUCCCUGUAGUCUGUACUAGUUACGAAAUGGUUCUCAGAGAUCGCGCAAGCCUCUCUAAGAUUGACUGGGCUUUCAUUGUAGUCGAUGAAGGACAUCGCAUGAAGAAUGCCGACGCCAAGCUGUUUAGAGAGCUACAGCAAUUUAAGUCGGCGACUCGUCUUCUCAUUACUGGCACACCUUUACAAAACAAUCUGAAAGAGUUAUGGUCGCUCUUACACUUUCUAAUGCCGGAAACAUUCCUGGAUUGGGAAGCAUUCGAAGUAUGGUUUGAUUUUAGUGACUUACAAGACGAAGAGGGCACUACGCAGUUUAUUGAAGAUAAGGAGAACCAAGACCUUGUCUCUAAGAUCCAUAAAGUUUUGCAACCCUUACUUCUUCGCAGGAUCAAGGCGGAUGUAGCCAGCUACUUGCCAAAGAAGCGAGAAUACGUCUUGUUUGCGCCAAUGACCAAAGAACAGACAGAUCUUUACAAUGCGAUUAGCGAUAAGAAGACAGACACGAGAACUUAUUUGGAAAAUAAAGUGGUCGAGCAAUUGAUAGAGACUCGUAACAGCUCAGUCGGUUCCGGAAGAUCGAGUCGUCAGUCAUCUCGUGCGAACAGCACGCGAGUAAGCCAGGCACCAUCUCCGGUAGCAAACAAUGCGUUUGCUAUGAUGAUGGGUAAGAAAGGAGGAGCAGCAUUGAAGGCGACCCCUAAGAAUGGCUCCCCUGCUCCUCAAGCUAAAGGGGCUAGUAAGCGAAAGGUUGCGCCUACUAGCGAAGCAUCAUCCCCCAAGAGUAGCAAAUCGAGCCGACAAUCUACUCCAGCUACCAGCACUCGAGGACGACCGCGUAGAGGUCGCUUGUCGUAUAAAACUCCGAAUGACUCUGAUGAUGAUAUGCUAGACGAUGAUGCAUUCGAAGCAAAACUAGCAGCUGAGCUUGCUGCUAGAGAUGACGAGUCAGAUGAAGACAUACGAGAUGAAGAGGAGAUUGAGCGAGCCGCCACGCUCGACCUUGCCAAGCUCCAGAUCGCCGAUAAGAAACUUGGCAAUCCCUUAAUGCAGUUAAGGCUUGUGUGCAAUAGUCCUCACAAUUUUUACAGUCCAUGGACAUACGGCGAUAAUAUCCCCGUUGACGAGAGUAUUGUGACAGCUUCUGGAAAGAUGCUUCUUCUGGACAGAUUAUUACCGGAACUGUUCAAACGUGGACACAAGGUCCUCAUAUUUUCGCAGUUUAAAACACAGUUGGACAUCCUCCACGAUUAUUGUGCCGAACUGCGGAAGUGGAAUGUAUGUCGCAUCGACGGAGGUGUCUCCCAAGAAGAUAGAAGACAGCAGAUUAAGGAGUUCAACGAGGAUCCCGAGUUCAAGAUAUUCUUAUUAUCGACCAGAGCAGGUGGUCAGGGCAUCAAUCUUGCGAGUGCAGAUACCGUAGUACUCUUUGACAGUGACUGGAACCCGCAGCAAGACUUGCAGGCGCAGGAUCGCUGUCACAGAAUUGGUCAAACGCGUCCGGUUAUCGUGUACCGACUGGCCACGAAGGGAACGGUAGAAGAAGAGCUGCUCCUCAGCGCUGACGCAAAGCGCAGGCUAGAGAAGCUUGUAAUCAAAAAAGGGGGAUUUAAGACCAUGGGCCAAAAGCUCGAUAAUGCCGAGGUAUUAGACAAGGAGAUCCUCCAAGCCUUGUUGUUGAAGGAUGGUAAAGUAUACCAACAUUCGGGCGGUGACCGAAUCCUAAGUGAUGAGGAUAUCGACACUCUCUGCGAUAGAAGUGAUGAGGCCUUCGACCGCGCCGCUAGAGGUGCCGGCAAUGCCGCCGGUUUCCAAGUCGUGGAGACUGCCACAGACGGUAUUACUCAGCUGAAAGGAGAGUAAAUAUGUCCCGUAUUCAGAUUUCAACUGGACCGACAAGCAUCGGUAUUACCUAUAUCGGUUAGGCGGGUUGGAUCAGGCAUCUUCACGAACCCUGUACCUCUUAUGUACAACGUUUUAGCAUACUCGGAAUAUAUACUUGUAGGAGUACCAACAAAGCUAUAGGUAUAUUUGCGUACCUAACAUUUGUCAAUAUUCGGUUAAUGUCGCAGCAUUCCUUCGCCUUUUAGCUUAAGAUGUCAGACUAAAAAUGCCUACCUAAGGUACCCAUCUCGGAUAUCUAAAAUAAGAACAGUAAAUAAGAAUAGUGAACAUCGAUA